CGCGCGCGGGGCGUGGGGCGGUGCUGAGCGGCUGAGGCAGAGGCGAGCUCGACGCCGGGACUGUCCAGCGAGGCGCAGCGCAGUGGGAGCCGGCACCGAGCAGCCCGGGAGCAGAAGCCACCGCCGUCGCCGCCGUCUGAGGAGCCCAGCCGAGCCGGCCAUGGCGUUGUCGAUGCCGCUGAACGGGCUGAAGGAGGAGGACAAAGAGCCCAUCAUCGAGCUCUUCGUCAAGGCUGGCAGCGAUGGUGAAAGCAUAGGAAACUGUCCCUUUUCCCAGAGACUCUUCAUGAUUCUUUGGCUUAAAGGAGUUGUAUUUAGUGUGACAACUGUUGACCUAAAGAGGAAGCCUGCAGACUUGCAGAACUUGGCUCCUGGGACCCACCCACCAUUUAUAACUUUCAACAAUGAAGUCAAAACGGAUGUAAAUAAGAUUGAAGAAUUUCUUGAAGAAGUCUUGUGCCCUCCCAAGUACUUAAAGCUUUCACCCAAACACCCAGAGUCAAAUACUGCUGGAAUGGACAUCUUUGCCAAAUUCUCUGCCUAUAUCAAGAAUUCUAGACCAGAGGCUAAUCAAGCAUUGGAGAAGGGUCUCUUGAAAACACUCCAGAAACUGGACGAAUAUCUGAAUUCUCCCCUUCCUGAUGAAAUUGAUGAGAAUAGCAUGGAGGACAUAAAGUGUUCUACACGUAAAUUUCUGGAUGGCAACGAAAUGACAUUAGCUGACUGCAACCUGCUGCCCAAACUGCACAUCGUCAAGGUGGUGGCUAAGAAAUAUCGCAACUUUGACAUUCCAAAAGGAAUGACUGGCAUCUGGAGAUACCUAACUAACGCUUAUAGUCGGGAUGAGUUCACCAACACCUGUCCCAGUGAUAAGGAGGUUGAAAUAGCAUAUAGUGAUGUCGCCAAAAGACUUACCAAGUAGAGCAGUGCUUACAAGAGAGGUGUCUUUCAUCUUCCCCGACUAAGAAUAUGCUUUCCUAGCAGACUUUUCCUAGCAGACUUCCUAUAAAGUAGAAGUUUUACUUUGCAUGAACAUGCAGUUACUGGAGAUUAGGGUCAAGGAUAGACAAGGCCUAUAGCUAUCUUUAAAUAUACACUCCAAGCAGUAUUAUUUUGAAGUUCUGUUACCCUGCCUACCUCCCCUGCCCUGUAUCCACCUCCUCUAAUUUGGAGACACUCCCUUAUAAACUUCACGUUAAAGAUGGUCGUCAUCUCUCUGGAGCCCUCACCACUGUGCCCAUCACUGCACACAGAUGGCAGAACUUUUGAGGUGCAAUGGUUAACUGUUAAUUGUUAAGAUAGUAGCCAUGACCUCGUCAGUCACCCGCAAACUGGUGCCUAAUGCAUGGUACAAGGAAUAUUUAUGUAUUUGGAGAAGUUUAUAAUAUACUAAGAGUAUGUGAAAGGAUCUCUACUGUAUCAAAAUCUCACGUCUCAACUUAGUCUAUCCUGGAUGUGAACUGAAGGAUGUCACCACCAGAGAAGAGAGCCUUCUGCAGAACCGUCACUGCAGGUUUUGCUAUUUUGCUUUGUACAUGGAUUUUUAACUUUUUGCCUACAAGCAUUUCUCCGUGAUACCAGUGACAACAUCUGACACUGUAGAAGCUGAAAGUUUAGAGGGAGGGUUGAAAUUCGCAAGACCUUUCUUGUCUAUCAGUAAGAAGCCAGCUGAUACACUCUGUCUCAGCGUGCUGUUAGUGCAGCUUGCCCAGUGCCAUUUGGGAUACUAUUGCUUUCUCCUUUCCAGGGGAAAGACGACAUUUAAGGUAAAUGUCAUUCAUAGAUCUUUUGAGCAACACUUCAUAGACUGAUGUUUAUUUGAUUUAGCUAUAGUAAUAUAAUGAGGAGUCAUAUGGAAAUGAACACGUACGGAAAUGUAGGCAUGUAGGGUGAGUUUGUCAAGACAUCAAGUAGAUUUUUGUUUCUAAAGCUUUUUGAAUGUGGAUAAUCUAGAAGGGUCACUGCCCACCCUGUAUUAGAAACCAAACACACUGACUACCAGCCACCCCAUUCUGGUCCCAGUUGCUGGUAGACUGAGGGUAGAGCAGAUGGCUCAGUCUUUUGGACUAAUUGUAUUUGUGACAGUCAGCAGAAAGUUAGUCUUGCCUAAUUUUAGUCAUUGCACUUCACUCAAAUUUUCCUAUAGCCACAUUAAGGAAUAGCACUCGGUGUGUUCACUUGUUCUUAAAUUUAAGUUAUAAACCAUGAGUUAUUUGUGCUCUAACAAGAGAGGAUGAACUAGGUGAAAAUAAAAUAGAAGCUUGCUAUGUAUUUAUUCAUUUUGUUUUUAAAUGGACUUUCUAAAUACUACUCCAAAGACUGGUUGCAACUAUAACAUGUUUCUGGUAAAUUUUUAUACCUAACUUGUUUUAAGAAGUGCUAAAUCUCAUGGGCUGCUUUUGGACAUUUUAAGUAUAGUGUGUUAAAAUGACAAUGCCUUCUGCUUCUGAUAUGCUAACAUUCAGUAAGCACUGUUGUAGGGAAGCAGCCUGGUUUAUGAUAAGCAUAUCACAUCUUUUAGCCUGGCAGUGAUCAGCUUGUUGUAGAAGGGUAAAGAAAGCUCCAGAUUGGAUCCAUUUAGCUUGGAGAGAUUUCCAUGUCAGACCUUUCAUAACUCCCUGUUGCUGAUCAAAAGUUUGGGCACUCACUUCUUUGUGAUUAAACAGUGGAUGAUUUGCCUGGUUUCAGGGAAAAGUACUAUCAGGUUAUUUCUUCAGAAAUUCUAGAGUGGAAGCUUGGGUGGGUGAACACACAUUGACAGCAACAGGCAGGCAGUCCCCGUCGCCCUCACCCACUGUCUUAAACAGUGGCAAUGCAGCAUUUGAACUUUGCCUCCGUGCUGAAAGUCAAAAAGAUUCCUGUGAGGGUGGUGCCUUCUCAUGCCGGGCCUUGGGUACCAAGCACAGGGUUACCAGCCACAAAGCGGCGAGGAGAAACACGUUCUUAAGGUGCGAAGUAUUUUCACUUUGGAUCUUUCUCCUAUCCGUUACUUUAAAACUUUAUCCCCUGGUUAUUCAUGGCCAUCCUUCUGAGUGUCGAAAGGCAGGCCUGUAUGAUUUUGAUGAAGGCAGAAUUCUUUUUCUCUGUAGAAAGAUGAUCUUAUUACUUUAUCAGGGAAGUCAAACAAAAUUGGGAUUGGCAAGUGGACAGAAGCUAGCAAAAAGGAUGAUUCUAGAAAGUACUUUUUAUUCCAUCUUACAUGUAUGGAAACAUCAUAGCUUGAAACACAAAGCUUUGAGACACAAGGUUUUCAUGGCAGUCCAUCUUUUGCACUUUGUUGUGGCUGAUGUAGGAGAAAUCAUCUGCCAUUAUUUUUACAGCCACUGAGUCAUUUCCCUUUCAUCUAAGAUCCCUCCGUUCCUCUUCAACAAGGAAACUGGAGUCUAAAUGGAAGUUCUCACUGUUUGCCUUAGGGAUUUUGAGAAAUUUUUGUAUUGAACAGUUGGAAAGCUCUCUACUAUUUCAGUUGACAUAACUUCCCAAUUUUAAAUGUAGAUGCAGAUUUUUCUGUAUAGUUUUGUUUUCAUUUAUUAGGAUUGCUGACAUUUGUGACACAAUUUAUUCAUGAUUUUAUUUCUUGGUAACUUUGGCUUACUUAAUUAUCUUAAGUCCUUGAGCAACCUGUAUACAGCUGAGAGACUUCUGACAUUUAUUCUCACACUAAGUUGAUCAACUCUAGAGCUUAGACAUUUUAAUUUACCUCUGUUGAGUUUUUGAUCUCUCCAGAGUUGCAUGUAGAUAGCCUUUACUCUGUGCAUUAAAAUAUAUCCAUUUAGAAUAUCUACAAGGUAAAGAUAAGAAGUAGGGGAAAUGUAUUUUUUCAUGACAUUUUGAUACACAUUUCAUCAAGUUUGAUUAACCAAUUUCUUACACUGGUCAUAAUUAGUAUUUGAUUCAAAGAGAGGGAAGCAUUCAUCAUUGAUACACUAUACAGGCUUAAAAAAAACUACAUUCUUUACAGGUCAUUAAGGUUGGGAGCAAUCAAAAUUGUAUAACAUAAUUUCAACUCCUCAAGUCACAAAGUUGAAUAAAAUUGGAAUAUUUUCUUUUGAAUUACUUGAAAAGGCAAAUGAAAGCUUAUUACAAACUGCUUGUAUUUUCUUUUCUCUCUCUGGAACCAGUAUAUUGCUGGCAGCUAUUGUAUUAAAAAAUAAAGUAUAUUUUCA